AUGUCCUUUCCGCCACCUCCAGGUCUCAAACAAACGCCAUCUUCGCUGCCCGCGCGGCCACCAGCAUCCGCAAGCACAUCCGCCGCAUCUUACCAACCUGCAUAUUCCGCCGCACCCUCAUACACGGCUCCAGCUGCCAGCAGCGGAUAUGGCGGAACUGGCCCUCGGACAGGCUAUAAUGCCUUCACAGCGUUCCAGCCUCGCGCCAUAGCUUCCAGUCAGCCUUACCGAGCCAGUAGUCCGGCCGUCUCUACGCCGCCAGCUACUGCAGCGGGUUACUCGGCGCCGGCCGCUGCAAAUUAUGGUAGUUACUACUCUCAGACACCGCAAACAUACCAGGGUGGACCGACUUAUUACGGUUCCUCACAGUACAGUGACACCACCUAUGGCCCCUCUGUGCCUCACAUUCAGAAUCCGUUCACCGCUACAGGGACGGGGAAGAAUUACGGACGCAAUGACUCCGGUCUAGAUCCCGAGACAGAAGCUCAAAUUGCGCAGUGGCAGAGCGCCUAUGCCAACAAGGAGGAAGUUCCGGGAGGAGGCAAGGUAGCAGGUCGUCGCGACGGAGCUACGGGAAUGCCAGGUGCUACCGUGGGAACCAACACACCGACCAGUGCGACAGCGGCGAGUACACCUACACCUGUGCCAGGCCACCCAGAGCAAAAUGCCAAGACCGUUGUGCGUUCCGGCGGUGGCCAGACGUGGUCCGAUCCGACUCUGCUAGAAUGGGAUCCGGCGCAUUUCCGACUCUUCGUGGGGAACCUCGCGGGCGAGGUGACCGACGACUCGUUACUGAAAGCGUUUGCGAGAUAUUCAUCUGUUCAGAAAGCGCGAGUCAUUCGGGACAAGCGCACCCAGAAGAGCAAGGGUUAUGGAUUUGUCAGUUUCAGCAACGGCGAUGACUACUUCGCGGCUGCAAGGGAGAUGCAGGGCAAGUACAUUGGCUCACAUCCGAUUCUGCUGCGACGGGCCACUACGGAGAUCCGUCCGACGACGAACACCAAGGGCGGGAAGAAGAACGCUGGCGGUCACGGUGGAGGUCAAGCCGGGGGGAAGGUCAAGCACGACGGCGUCAAGAAGCCGGGCAAGACGAGGGGCGGACUGAAGAUUAUUGGUUGA